CGUGAGCGACUGAAACUUCCAUUAGGAAAUUCGAAUUGCAUCAGUGGUGGCGACGAUGGCGCUCAAACGCGCCGGAAGCAACUACUUCCUGCUCGAAAGCGAUUACAAGCGGUCCAAUGGAGCCCUCAAGCACUCGACUAGUUCGUUCCGGGAUCGCCUCAACCAGAUGGACAUCCUUGGGGAAAGUGCGUACUAUGUCAUGGGCGACAACCCGAACGAUCCAGAUGUGUACAACUCCCUCGAAUGCGACCAGAGCGGCGGCGCCGAGGUUAUCAUUGGGGACUUUCCUGACGAAGCAUCGAUCGAUUACUGCUGCGACGUCUUGUAUCGCAAAUUCGGCUUUCAGCUCGGGUCAGUCGACAACCAACGUGAGCACGCAUUGCUUUUGUUAGCGAAUGCCAAGUCCCGCGAGCGCAUGAAUGGAGGAAUGGACCAUGUUUCGCUUCUUCACCGUAAACUGGUGGGGAAUUAUGCAGAGUGGUGCAAGUUCAUCAAGGCUGAGCCCGUGUGGUACGCUGGCGAGUUGAACAAGCGCCUGACGAACCGGUUGCACAUGGAGCUCAUGCUAUACUUGUGCAUUUGGGGCGAAGCCGCCAACGUUCGACACAUGCCCGAGUGCAUUUGCUUUUUGUACCAUCAAAUGAUGCAGCUGUUGAACGCCGACCUCCAGGUCAUGCAGCCAUAUCCCGAGCGAUGGUACUUGGACUCGGUGAUUCGCCCAAUCUGGACAGAGUGCUCUGGAAUGACGAAGAAAGACGCGUUGGGCAAGCAUCUCGAACACACCAAGGUUCGUAACUACGACGACUUCAACGAGUUUUUUUGGCGAGAGGAGUGCUUGGCGGUGCCGGUGGACCAGGCUGGCUCCAAGUUGAAAACUCAUGAAAAAACGUACUACGAGCAUCGGAGCAUCAUGACCCUUGUGCUCAACUACUACCGGAUCUUCCAUUUCAACUUUAUGUUCAUCUUCAUUUUGGCCGUGCUCCAGUACUGCGUCACAAUCUCCCCCCGCGGCGGCGAAAGCGGUUUCAUGCAAUUUGCCGCGCUCGGUCAGGUCGUCGAGCCGUACUCAAAGACCGAUCUCAAGCUCGCGCUUGUGUUCCUCGUGCUCGCGCAUGCGGUGCUGAGCCUGUUGAAAGGCGUAUUGGAACUGGCCCAGUCGUGGCAUCACUUCUUCACGCCCAAUGACACACCAGUCGACUCCACCGCCCGAUCUUCGUCGCGGCUCUCGUACGGAUCGGCCCUCGCUCUGCGACUCGUGUGGAACGGAACGUUUGCCGUCUUGUUCUACGUCAUGAUGGCGGAAGGAUCAGGCGUGAAUGCGGCGCACCCGUGGCUGAAUCGUUUUGUGUUGUUGGGACCGUUGUUCCUCGGCCCGGGAUUGAUCGCGCUGGCCGUGACGGCAGUCUCCCCCGCCAUCGUUCGUACGUCGUUUUGGAGCAAAUUUGUCCGAGAAGGCGACACGUGCUACGUCGGCCGCAACAUGACGCCGCCGUGGUCGUACCGAGUCGUGUACAUUUCGUUCUGGCUCAUUCUGUGGCUGUGCAAGGCGUGUGUGUCGUACUGGGUACUCAUAUCGCCGCUCAUGCUGCCAUCCCUCGCCAUCUACGACAUGCAGCUCGACUACAAGACGCACGUUGUGUCCGUGCGCAACAUUGGCAUCAUCGCCGCGCUAUGGGCGCCCGUCUUUUUCGUCUUUUGCUACGACACGCAAAUUUACUUUACGAUUUUCCAAGCCAUCUAUGGUGCAGUCAAAGGCAUGCGCAUGCACACGGGCGAGUACCAUGGCUUUGCCGAUAUCAGCCGCGCGUUCCGGUUGAUUCCCCAGCACUUCGACAGCAAAGUCGUCACAGCCUGUGCGGUGGCCCAAGAUCACGUCCCGUCCGAGGACGGCCACCGCCGGUCCAUGCUCAUGGCUCGUUUUGUGGUGGUGUGGAACGAAGUGAUCAACUUUUUCCGGGAAGGCGACUUGCUCGACGACAAGGAAGCUGCGAUUCUCCAAUACGACGUGUCGGAGCAAACGGGCGAAAUCUAUGAGCCUGUGUUCUUGUCUGCAGGGAAAGUCCAGGAAGCGAUAGCAAGUGUCCUCAAGAUUGACCGGAAGAAGAAUCCCGGCCGUGAUGCCGAAUUGAGCGUCGAACUGCUCCUGCAUGACUGCAAUUCGGCGCUCAAGUCGUGCUUUAACGCGGUGUUGGUCGUGCUCGAACAGAUGCUCGAUCCGCGCGACGUGAGUGUGCUGGAAGCAUUCGACCUCAUGGAACAGCUCGCCGCCCAGAACAAAUUCAUGGCGUCGUUCCAGACCCAGCACAUUCCUCUCGUCCGCGACACACUCAUCGAGUUCCUGGAAGCCGUGCUCGACCUCCCGGCGCCGACUACGCCCCAUCCCCUCGCGCAGUCCACGAAAGCCCACCCGAUGCCGAUCGUCCAAGAAUUCGUCAAGCGGUUUAGUGCGUUCCUCCAUGCAACGACGUUGUUAUGCGCCGGCCAGCAAGUCAUUAUUGAGAAACUCAGCUCGAGCCACUUUUGCUCGCCCACGAACGGGUACAUGGCGGCGGCCGAAGGCCUCGUCAACUUGUGCUCGAAUGAAUCGACGAUGGCGAAUGCGACGCGCGCGCUGCUACUCUUGACGCUAGACACAUCCGAGGCGAUGCCGCGGUGCUCGGAAGCAAAGCGCCGCCUCGGCUUUUUCAUGAAAUCGCUCAUGAUGGACAUUCCCCAGUUGUCAGCGGUGAAAGAGAUGCGGUCGUUCUCGGUCAUGACGCCGUUUUAUGCCGAGGGCGUGUUGUAUUCGCUGGAGGAACUGAACGCGCCGCUGGAGAACCACCCGAUUUUCGGCGCAGUCGAAGAAACCGGAAAGAACCUCACGAUUCUGAAGUACCUUAUCACAAUCCACACGGCCGAGUGGGAGAACUUUCUCGAGCGCAUCAAUGUCCAAACGGAAGCCGAUGCGCUUCGCGACCACCCCCUUGAACUCCGGCUGUGGGCGUCUUACCGCGGCCAGACGCUCGCUCGCACCGUCCAGGGCAUGAUGCUGUACGAAGAUGCGAUCAAGAUGCUAUAUUGGCUCGAAAUUGGAUCCGCCAACGACAAAUCACAGGAGACCAAGCGCCAGCUCCUCGAAGAUAUGGUGUGCCUCAAGUUUUCGUACAUUUGCGCGUGCCAAGUGUACGGCAAACACAAGGCGGAAGGCAAGGCGCAGGCGACCGACAUUGACUACCUUCUCCGAACAUAUCCGAACCUCCGCGUCGCAUUUGUCGAUUCGGCCAAAGUCGGCAGCCAAACAACGUUCUCGUCCGUCUUGAUCAAGAGCGAAGGCGACGAAAUCGUUGAAGUCUACCGCUACGACCUUCCUGGCGACCCCAUUCUCGGGGAAGGCAAGCCUGAGAACCAGAACAACGCGCUUCCAUUCACGCGCGGCGAGUUCCUCCAAACGAUCGACAUGAACCAGCAACACUACUACGAGGAGUGCCUCAAAAUGCCCAAUCUGCUCGUCACGGCCGACCAGCACCCGUCCGGCAAACCCGUGAGUAUCAUCGGCAUGCGCGAGCAUAUCUUUACCGGGAACGCGUCGUCGUUGUCCAAGUUCAAGUCGUGGCAGGAGCUUGUGUUUGUCACGUUGAGCCAGCGCGUGCUCGCCGACCCGCUCUACUGCCGCAUGCACUACGGCCACCCCGACGUGUUUGAUAAAGUGAUGUGUCUGACGCGUGGCGGCGUGUCCAAGGCGUCCAAGGGGAUCAACUUGAGCGAAGACGUGUUUGCAGGGUUCAACACGACCCUGCGCGGCGGCGUCGUCACCCACGUCGAGUUUAUGCAGUGCGGCAAGGGCCGCGACGUUGCGCUGUCCCAGAUAUCCAUGUUUGAAGGCAAGUUGGCCAACGGCGCCGGGGAGACGUGUCUCGCCCGCGAAGCGCAUCGCAUGGGCGCGUUCCUCGAUUUCUUUCGGCUCAACUCCAUGUAUUACUCGCACACGGGGUUUUACUUUGCCACGUGGCUCACGAUCGUGACAGCGUUUGUCUUUAUGUACACCAAGCUUUACAUUGCGUUGACGGGCGUCCAAGAACAGAUUGUGUUUUCCAUGAACUCGACGACCCUGAUCUCCAAGAAUUCGGACAAAGGCUUUGAUGCGCGCGCGUUUCGCAACCUGGACAACAUUGUCAACACGCAGUACUACAUCCAAGCCGGUCUCUUCCUCACGCUGCCGCUGAUCGCAGUCUACUUUACAGAGGCCGGGAUCCGCCGUGGGUUCCUCCGCUUCUUCAACAUGAUCCUGACGGGCGGGUGGGCGUUCUUUACGUUCCAAGUCGGCACAACGACGCACUACUUUGACCUGAACAUCGUGCACGGGUUUGCCAAGUACCAAGCGACCGGGCGCGGGUUCAAGAUCACGCGGGAGACGUUUGUGCUUUUGUACAAGGCGUACUCGGGGUCGCACUACCGCAAAGCGAUGGAGCUGAUCGGUCUGUGUGUCAUCUACGGCACGUACGGGAUGUUUUCGAUCUGCCAAAAGACGGGUGUGAGCGACUCGAAUACGUUUGGCCAACAGUUUUGCAUCACAGCUCAAGGAUUCGGCACGCAAACGUUUGCAAUCUGGUUCAUCUCGGCGUUGUGGCUCCUCGCGCCGUUCCUGUUCAACUCGGACGGGUUCGACUAUGUAAAGACGAAAGUCGACAUCCAGAGCUGGGCCAAGUGGAUGUACACAGCCAAGGACGACAAGACGGACCCGGACAAGGUCAACCAAGGUGGGUGGAUCGGGUGGUGGCAAGGCGAGGUCGACCAGUACGUCGGCGCCAAGGGCAUCUCCCGGGUCACUGUCAUGGUGCGCGAGUGCCGCCACUUGAUCGUGGCAUGGUAUGUCAUCACGCUGCGGUACGACCCGAUCGUGGUCCUCUACACGAGCCUCGGCGUCCUGGCCACUCUAGGUCUCUUCCACGCGUUCUCGUGCUUCAACGGCCUCGGCGCUUCUCCAUCGAUCCGCGCCACAACCUACUUUUUGCUCGUCGCGCUCUUCCUGUCCGUGUACUUCAUCCUGACGAUGAUCGCGUUGUCCAAGUCGACCGGCGACGCGUUUGCCAUCCUGUACGGGUACUUUGCCAUCUUGUACGCGAUCAACGAAAUGGCGCGUGUGUGGGUGUACCCGACGUGGAGCAUCUCAAACAUUGGACUGUUCCAGCAGCUUGCGUUCUUCUUUGACUUUGUCUUUGGGGUUGCCAUGCUCAUCCCGCUCAUGCUUCUCUCCGUCAUUCCGUUCAUGAACAUCAUCCAGACCCGCAUGAUGUACAACGAAGGGUUUUCCCAAGUCAUGUCCGACUCGUCCCAGUACGCAUUCUCGAUCGCUGGCAUGGUUGGCCUCGUCGGCGCCGGCGCGUGCGGCUGGCUCCACUACGUCCUCACGACCCUUGACUUGUCCGCGUCGUUCCUCGCGUACACGACGUUUUAUAACAUCACGAUCAACCCCGUUGGGUACACGGCGUACUAUGCAACGUACGGCACAAUCGGCGGGUCGCUCGUGUCGGCCGCGUGUGGGUAUUACUUUGGCCGCCGCGCGACCAUCUUGUGCGGAGGAUUGGUUUCGUUUGUGUCGAUGACCCUCCUGUCCGGGACGCCGACGUUUGGCGGAAACGUGUUCAUUCCGGCGCUGGUGCUGUUCAGCGCCGCGAUCGGGAUCCUCCUUCCGGCGUUUUGCAUCUACUGCUACGAGAUCUCGACAAAGGAUAUGCGGCCCAAGAUCAUGCUCGUCCUCGCGCUCGGGUACAUCCUCGGGUCGAUGGCCGCCAGCUACUACACCCAUAGCAACUCGCUCGUGUGGAUGUGGCAAUGUUUUUGGUGUUUCAUGGUGCUCGCGUUCCUGACCCCCGUCAUCAUGCUCCUGCCCGAGAGUCCGUACUGGGUCCUCGCCCGCCAGGGAUCUGACGAAGCCGAUGCAUGCUUGAGCUUGCUCCGCCGUCGCACGGACGUCACGGACGAACUGAACGCAAUGAAAAAGCACCAAGAGUACAACGUCCCAACCGGCAACUCAGUCUACAAAGCCAUGGUGGGGUUUGGAUUGACCGUCGUGCUGUCGCUGUCGCUCCUACCGCUCAACGUGUACGUGGCACGCGUGAGUCUAGGGUACGGUCGGUCGCUCAUGCUGACCAACUGCCUCGCGGUCGAAUUUGUAUUUGCGCUCUUUUCGUUUGUGUACAUUGACAAGUUUGCGCACAAGUUUAUCUUGAUGGUGACGCUCGUGCUGAGUGCCGUCGCGGUCGCGUUUGUCGCGGGCCAAGACCGGUUCCAGCUCUUUGGGCAGCCCGAUCAAACCCCGCUCGUGAUUCUGUUCGUUGUGCUGUACGCUGUCAAGGGCAUGGGCCUUCCAGCGACGCUCUGGGUGGGUUUUAUCGGGCUUUUCCGCACGCGCGGCCGGUUCGUAUCGAUGCCAAUCUACUUUACAACGUUCUUUGGCACCCACCUCGCGACGACGUACAUCCGGCUCGAGUCGCCUACGACUCGCAACCCAACGUCCACCGAGUACAUUUGGCUCUUUGGCCUCAUGGGUGCCAGCGUUGCUCUCGUAUUUGCCAUGUUUGGCCUGGCCAAGCGGUCGAACGGCAUGCUGUGUACCGUCAUGGAAAUGACGCACGAACGCGAAAUGGACGAGGCCCGCCAACGCGCCGCGAGCCACCCGGCCGGCCGGCGCCGCGCUUAUGCAAGCAAGCACGGCUCUCGCCGGUUUACCAACGUCACGUUGUCCCCACGCAACAACCCGGUCACCCCCAGCCGAGGCGCGCAAUCUCGCAAAGGCAGCGACAUCGAAGCGCCGUACCAGCGCAUCACCGAAGCCGCCGUCUAGUGUCGCUCGUACCCACGCACCACGACAGCGCUAGAUAUAAAAUGCACCACGUACUUGUCUACUUGCUGUCGAGCGAGCGCGGCGGCUG